AUGGCGGAUCAAUUACUGGAUCAAGUGCGAGAGCUUGCGGAGGGUCAAAUUGAUUUUGAGGGACAACGUCUGGCAGAAUAUCUUGCAACAGCAUUGCUCGCUAUCUUCGGAGCUAUCUCUUUCAUUGUCGGGUACUUUCAACAAGAUAUCAAACGUGCCCUCCUCAUCGGCUUGGGCGGCACCGCAGCUACAUUUUUGCUAGUCGUACCUCCAUGGCCCUUCUUCAAUCGUCAUCCCGUCAAAUGGUUGCCAGUUGGUGGAAAGGAGUCACAGUCGCAGGGGAUCAUGGUUGAUGGACAGGUCGUAGGUUGA